AUUGCACCGAACUCUCUUGACAUCGUCGCUGUUUGCGACAAAGCUCGGCGGCUUCUAGCUCACUUGAGCUUCAUUCUGGAUCAACCAUCCCCUCUGCGCGACCUACGUAUGACUCCAUGAGCGCUAACGGCUCCUUGCGAGAUCUGUACGCUGCACCGUCCUCGAGUUGGUCAUUCGAGACAUCUGGUCCUUCCACUACACAACCCACCGCACCUGUGCCGUCAACCACGACUCCGAGUCCUCAACAAUGGAGAGCCCGCGUCCCGCAGAACUCCAUAUUUGAGCUUACCGGAGCGCUAGACAUGGAUCCGGGUUAUGUCUCGGCGACCCUUCUGCUCAAGGGUAUAGUGGCAUCUGCCUUCCUCCAGUAUGGGAGCACCGCUAUCGCCAUGCCAUGGGAGGUGGGAAAGAUGCUGCUUCAGGUACAAUGGGUGCCACGAGACGCGGACGCUCUGGCGGCCUCGGAAAGCGUGCCCAACGAGGAGGAGGAAGAGGAUAGUGAAUCCUCGAUUGAGGAUGAUUCUUACUUCGCAGAUCCCUCGGACCCCGAUUCCACUCGGGCUUAUCGGAGCCAGCAGGGGGGUCGUGGUGCAGCACGACAUACCGGUGCCGCCGGCGGACUCGUAGAGCCAGAGUAUGUUAUCCCUGUGGGGAGUGCAAGCGGCGUAUGGGGAAUGAUCAAACGUGUUGGCCGAUUUCGGGGCGAAGGUUGGCUCGCUCUGGAAAAAGGUCUCCUCACCAGUUGCAUUCACGACAUGCUCUCUACGACGUUACAACCCACGAUCCUCUACGCUCUCCAGGGAGCCCUUGUUACCCCCGUAUCUCUCUUCCAGCAACCCCACUUUCUCCUCCCCGUUGCAUCUCACCUCCUCACCGGAUUCCUCCUUUCCCCUCUCGACCUGAUCCGCACGCGCCUCAUCGUGCAGUCAUCGUUACCCCAACAUCGGACCUACAAUGGCCCGGUCGAUGCUCUCUCACAGAUCCUACGCCACGAAGGUGGAUGGAAGGGGAUAUAUCUUCAUCCGCAACUCCUUAUCCCGACGCUUCUCGACAGCACCCUCCGCCCGCUCAUCUCCCUUGCCCUCCCGGGCAUCCUCACCUCCUAUCUCGGCGCGGCCCAUAUCUCCGAGGACUCGCAUCCCCUCCUCUGGGGCCUCGUCGAGUUCUUGGCCAGCUGCGGUGGUUUGCUGCUCACGCUGCCGUUCGAGACGAUCAGAAGGCGGCUACAGGUGCAAGUGCGGGGGGUGGCCAAGCCCAUCAAGACGUGCGUGGAGACGCGCCCGGCGCCCUACAACGGCAUCGUCGACGCGUUCUGGCAUAUCCUGACGGAGGAGCGGUCCGAUCUACCACUAGAAGACAACCGGCACAGCAGGAUGCGUCGGCCGAGUACCAACGGCAGAGAGCAGGGGCACGGUGCUUCGGAGGCGGACGACCAGAGCUGGUCAAGGCGCAGCGGCCUUGGCCAGCUAUAUCGCGGAUUCGGGAUGCGGCUCGGCGCGAGCGUACUCGUGUUCCUCCUGGGCGCCCUGACAGGCUCUGAAGACCGGGACGGGGGUUGGGCAGAGAUUUAGGUGACGUCGCUACUUUAUCAUUCGUUCCGGCUUCUUUCGCAAUAGCUCGUGCACUAAUCAAGCAAUGUAUGCGC